UUCGGUUUUAAAAGUUUUAUCCGACUUUCGGAUGGUUGAUUUAUUUUUCUGUUUUAUUUUUAAAGAGUUACCCAAACAGAUGUACCGGGUUAUUCAUCAUUUUUUACCAGCUUCUUAACAAAUUGUGAUGUACUACACUGUGAUUUUUUGGUCAGUCCUUAUGGAUUCAGUAUCGCUAACUUCAGACCCCACGAUAGUGACUCGUGAAGAAUGGCAAGCCAAACCUCCGAAAUAUACAAAUGCAAUGAUAAAUCCAGUACCGUACGUCGUUAUACAUCACAGUUAUCAACCUCCGGCUUGUUAUAAUUUAGAAGAUUGCAUCAAAGCCAUGAAAUGGAUGCAAGAUUUUCAUCAAAAUACCAGAGGUUGGGCUGAUAUAGGCUACAGCUUCGCCGUAGGCAGCGACGGGAGAGCUUACGAAGGAAGAGGUUGGUCAUGUGUUGGAGCACACGCACCGCUUUAUAACAACAGAAGUAUAGGAAUUUGUUUAAUAGGAGAUUGGAGAGUGGAACUACCCCCCGAACAGCAAUUGACAACAGUUAAACAAUUGAUAGAAAUGGGGGUAAGAGAAGGAUAUAUCCAAUCAAAUUACAAAUUAGUAGGGCACAAACAGGUAAGAGAAGGUACCGAAUGUCCAGGAGAUAGAUUGUAUAAAGAAAUUAUUACGUGGUCUCAUUAUUUCCCCGAUCCCCAAGAAAUAGCUUAUAGAAAUAGAAGCGUCGAUGUAGUGGUACCUCAAAACGUUAACAAAGAUAUCAAAAACGAAGACGAUAAUGAUGAAAAUAAGGCGCCGAUAAGCUGAUUAGAAUUUUAAGAAUUAUAUUUAUAUAAAAAUAAAUUUUACUUUUCAAA